AUGCUUCUCUAAUUAUAUGAUGACUUAAGAAAAUAAACAACAGAAGAAAUAGAAAGGGUAAUAUAAAGAAAAGAUGAUAAGUUAAAAUGUAAAUUUGUUAUUAGAUUGAGUAGAAUUGGAAAAAGAAAAAACAGAAUAAGAUAUUAGAUAUAAAGAUGAAUUAUAAAAGAUAAAUGAAGAGUUGAAUAAGCGGAGUCAUUUUAAAGUUGGUUUAAUAUAAUAUUAAGGAUGAAAAAGAAAAUUUGAUAAAGGAAAUUCAUGAUUUAAAAGAGGAAAUGAUAAAAAAGGAUUAUGCUCAUAAGAAAAUAUUAAUUUUUAAUUAAAUCUUAGUAUUAAAGAGUAAUAAGCUUAAGAGUAUAUUAUUGUAUUUUAUAUAUCUUUAGAUAUCAAUUGAUGAAUCAUUAAUAAAUAAUAAAGAGUAAAUUAUGAAAAGAUAGAAAUUAAUAUUUGAAAUCCUACAUUGCAAAUGUAUUCAUAUUUAUAUAAAUUCUACUUAGGAAGUUACAAAAUAGACAAAUAAAAUUGAAAUAAUGAAAUAUCAAAGUAAUACAAAAGUGUAGGAAUUAGAAAUGUAAUUAAGAAAUUUGAGAAAUCUUUUAGAUUAAAGAUCAAAAGAAUUAAAGACUUUUAAAGCUUUAGCCUAAAUGAUUUUAGAUUAGAGAUCAGACAUUGAAUAGUUUGUCCUUUAGACUAUUGAUCAAGUCAAAAAUGAAAUGUAAAUUGAGAAUAAAUUCAAAAGAAUAGUCGCUUACCUGAUAUAUCAUAAAAAUCAUAAAAUUUAGAAUAAAACAAAGUUGAUAUAAAUGAUUUGGAUUUAGAGGAAAAGAAAAGUUGUUAAGGAUACUUUUCUCAAAAAUGAAUUAAGGAAUCCCACCAAUAAAUUGGAAAUCUUAACUUAGUCAUGUAUAUAAAAUUAAUUUAAUAAUAUAGUGUAAAUCUUAAAUAGAUGCUAGUUCAUUUAGUGA